AUGCCUUCCAUCUGCUGUUGCGCUGUUGACAGCUUCGACGAUGAAAUCCUAGCAAACGAGACGACCUGGAUGAAUUUGUUGACGGCCACAGGACACAAUCUUUGGGCCGUACGGCAUUCACUGCACUCAAGCUCUAAUACAAAGUGCCUCUUAUUACCUCUAAACGACACAAAGAAGCCACGAAAGUCUGUCCAACUAGUUUGGGAUGCGUCAACCUUUGAACAUGAUGAAGAACAAGGCAUGGACAAGAUGACCGUAACGUCAAAUUCACAACUCGAGAAGCCUCGAGUCCGUCUACCGCUCACACGGUGUACCGGUGACGUUUGGGGAAAUCAUCGGCCAAUUGUAUGUUCGGCAUUGGCAAAUGUCCCGAAACUAUCCUUGCAAGCAACCAAACAAGUGGAUUGGCUGUCCAUACUACUACUACACAGGUCGGAACAAACAGAGACGGGUUCUAAUGAAACUCCAGUACCAAAUCAUCAGCCAAAAAUACUCACUGUGGAUUUGAAACAAGUUAUAGUAGAAGCCGCAGAGCUAUGGAAUCGGCGACUCUUUGUCGGGGACAACAAUUUGAUUACUUCUUCCGACGAAUAUCAAGGUUUGCUGAGAAAAGCAACCUUGGAGCAUUGGACUGAGAUACGAGCAAUGAACAAGGAACAAGGCGCAGUGCAAAAGUCUCUUUUAAAAUUGGAAGAGGCCUUGCCAUGGAAUCAUUUUUCCAGCAAUGGAAGCAAAUGGCAAUAUCCGGAUGGAGGCAGCUCCGAAAAGGGCCUUGUUCAGGCACUCUUCGAGUCUGGUCUGCAACCCGAAGAAGCUACGGACAAUGUUGUCAGUGCCAUGAUUGCUUCUUUGGAUGCCGUGCAAGCAAUGGUGUUUUGGACCUUGUGGAAUUUGUCGCGACAGCAAGGGGCCUGGGAACGUUGUCUUGCCAUUGGAGAACAGCAAGUCCAACGCGAUCUAUUGCAGCUCUCCAUAUUCAAGAAACAAGCGACUCAAGGCAAGACUAUUCAAUUGAAAAAUCCAUCCUUUUUGGUGUGUGCUCUUAUCGAAACUGUUCGAGUAUAUCCUCCUGUUUGGACCUUGCCGCGAAUUUCACACAAUCAUGAACAACAAGCCAUGCCUUGCAAAUUUGAAGUGCUGCUGAACAAUUGCGCCACAAAUCGUCAAUGGGAUCCAUCGGCUUGGCUCGAGGGGGGAAAUUCCGAUCACAACAAGAUUGCAUCCUUUGGAUUGGGAAAGCGGCACUGUCCGGCGGGAACUGGUGGAUUGUAUGCGGCCUACGAAUUGCUUCGAUCCUUUCUCAAAACCUGUUGCAAAAUUGACGAGUGCCAGCCAGACCAAGCAUUGAACUAUGCGUACCUCGGCCCCACCUUGUGUACCCAUGGCCCGCAAUUGUUUCAAGUUACCUUGCGCUCAUGA